AUGGCGGGGGCAUCCGACGAAUUCGAACUCUAUGAUUUGCAUGUUGAGGUCAUCUGCCCCCUCGGCGAGCGGAUAUACUGUGGCGCGAAACCGGGGGACCAUUUCUUUUUACGAGGCGAAAUGCUUCAUUUACCUGAAGGCCAAGGCUUCAGUAUCUACAGUCUUGCAGCGGUGCUUCCAUUAUUGGCCGCAAAGCAACGACCUACUCAUAAAAAUGACUGGAUGACCACGGACAGCCUGAUCGCAUGCCCAGAUCCGAGUUGCAAAUCACAGUUGAAAAUCACCCGCUUGCAGCCUCGCCAGUUCAGCCACGCCGAAACGACAGCAGUGCCUCUCAGUGCAUAG